AUGAAAUGCAUUAUGGGUAUAAAAUGCAUGAGUCGUGGGGGUAGUGGAAAUGUGCUUGCCGUGCCCAAAAAAUUCCUUUUCGUAAAGGCGGGUUCUACAUAUAAAUUUGCAUCUGGGCAAACUAGCCAAAAUAAAAAAGACGAACAAGUAAUAAAAACUAAGAGACCGAUAAACAUCAACACAACGAACAGGAGUAUAUUUACCGAUACGAACCUGAAGACCAACCCUGUGAGGGAAGAAAAAAAUAAUAAUGAGAAAACAAUUCGAACCAAUGAGUACACUUCAGUUGAUAUAGAUGGGGAAGAUAAUUUCAAAAAUGAACAAUUUGAUAACGAAAUGUCACAUCGUGAUAAUCUGAACGAGGAUUUAGAAAAUUAUAACGAAUUUGACAGAUAUGAAGGACGGGGAAAGGAUGUUCGAGAAAAUGGGUUCAUGAACUAUAAACAAGGUGAAGGCAGAUUUAAAAAUUAUGAAAGAAGAAAAAAUAAACCAAGUGACAUGAACAAUGGGAGAGAUGAAAUGGAUGAGAGGUAUUCAUAUCGACACGAUAAUAUGAAAGAAGGAGAAGAAUAUUCUAGGGAAAGGAGAACAUAUUCAAGAAAUUUAAACAGUUCGGACAGAUAUGCACAACUUGGAGAAAAUUUAAAAGACAUAAAAUGGAAUAACGUAGAUGCAAAAAUAGAAAGACAGGAUCUACUCCUUGAUGAAAAUAAAAGAAGACAAAAUAUUUCACCUGAACAGUUAGAAGCAGAAUUGAAGAAACUAAACAUUUAUGUUAACAAAGAAUCAGUAUUGUUAAAUAAUUUCAUAAAUAACUUUGCAGAUGCCAAUUUUCAUGAAGCAAUCUUAAAUCAUUUAAAUGCAAAAUUUAAAGAACCAACACCAAUACAAAAAGUUACUUGGCCAAUUGCACUCGCGGGGAAAGAUUUAAUAGGUGUUUCUGAAACAGGGAGUGGAAAAACAUUGGCUUUUGCUUUGCCUUGUCUUAUGCAUAUACUGAAACAUAAGGAAAAAGAAUUAGAAAAGAUACAAGGGAGGAACCAAAAUGAUAGGAGUAAUAAAUAUACAAAAACAGGAAAACAGGAGAUCGAACAAUCUAGUAACACAAUCGAUAUGGAUGCAAAUGAAUCAGCAGAGGAACAUGUGGAUGCAUCAUUAUGCAGUGAUAAUGAUAACAGGCACAAUGAGAGAAUUGUGUAUGGAUUAAUUCUUCUACCAACUAGGGAAUUAUGCAUGCAAGUAGUGGACGAAAUAAAACAUUUUGAAAAAGAUAUCAAUAUAAAAAGUGUUGCUGUGUAUGGUGGAGUUCCAAAGUAUACACAAAUAAAUAAUUUAAAAAAAGGUGCUGAUAUUAUUGUUGCUACACCUGGAAGACUAUUGGAUUUACUAGAAAAUGGAAUUAUUCAUUUGUUAAAAUGCAUCUAUGUGGUUAUAGACGAAGCAGAUAGAUUACUAGAUAUGGGAUUCGAAAAACAGUUAAGAAAAAUUAUGACACAAAUUAAUAAAAAUAAACAACUUUUGUUUUUAACAGCAACUUGGCCAGAACAAGUUAGGAAAUUAGCAUAUGAUGUUUCUUCCUCUGAUCCAGUUAAAAUACAAAUUGGAAAAAGUGAAUUAACAGCAAAUAAAAAUAUAGAACAAAAUGUAAUUGUCAGCUCAUCAAUAGAUUUGAAAAAAAAAUUACUUGAUUGGUUAAAAGAAAAUUAUGAAGGUAAUAAAAUUUUAAUAUUUUGCUCUACAAAAAGAAAUUGUGAUAAUUUAUGCAAAGAAUUACGUUAUCAUCAAUACAAUGCUUUGUCAAUUCACUCAGAUAAACAACAAAGAGAGAGAGAUAGAAUAUUAAACAAUUACAAAAGUGAUCGAUGUAAUAUACUAGUUGCUACGGAUGUGGCUUCAAGAGGAUUGGACAUUAAAAACAUUUCUGUUGUAAUUAAUUAUGACAUACCAAAUACUAUUGAAGAUUAUAUUCACAGAAUUGGCCGAACAGGUCGAGCUGGUAGGAAGGGAAAGGCCAUUUUAUUUUUCCCUUACGAUUAUUAUGUUCCCCAAAAAAUCAGAUUUGCAAAGGAACUGAUCAAAUUGCUGAACAAGAUAAAUCAUGUUGUUCCAGCGGAACUUCGUGAAAUUGUCGGUGCCAGAUGA